AUGCAAGGAAAGAGUUAAAAGUGCAAAAUCCCAUUACGCUGCUGUUGCAUUUAAAUUGGUUUUGACAGCUCACGUGUUCAGACUGCGGGUUACCCGGAUGAUAAAGGUGACACACGGUGGCCUUGCCUUCGGCGGGAUCGCUUCCCAGUAGAUCACAAUGGAUUUUAUGACAGAUCAAGACGUGCAAAAGUACAAGCAGGAUGGAUACGUGGUUCUGGACGGGCUGUUGACCUCUCAGGAGUGCGAUGAGCUGAGGCAGAGAAUGGCCGAGAUCGUGGACCGCAUGGACGUCCCUGAGCACUGCCGCACCACUUUCUCCACCUACCACGACGAGCAGCUAAAAAAGCAGAUGCAGGGGAAUGCGGAUUAUUUCAUCACAAGUGGAGAUAAGAUCCGUUUUUUCUUUGAGAAGGGUGUUUUCGAUGACAAAGGGGAAUUCAUCGUGCCGAAGCAGCAGUCACUCAAUAAAGUUGGGCAUGCCCUACAUGCGUAUGAAUCUUUGUACAAGAAAGUUACAUAUUCGCCCAAGGUCCAGGGAAUAGCCAAGAAACUGGGCCUGGUUAAUCCUGUGAUACUGCAGAGUAUGUACAUUUUUAAGCAACCAGGAAUUGGUGGCGAAGUGACGUCGCACCAGGACGCCACGUUUCUGUACACGGAGCCCCUGGGCAGAGUUAUGGGACUGUGGAUCGCCCUGGAGGAUGCAACUGUUAACAAUGGCUGCUUGUGGUUCAUACCAGGAUCACAGAGUAGCGGUAUUUCCCGACGAAUGGUGCGCACCCCAAAAGGCACCUUCCCGCUGACAGACUUCAUCGGAAGAGAGCCAACUUAUGAUGAGGACAAGUUUGUAGCUGCACCUGUUAAAAAAGGUGGUGUGCUUCUGAUUCACGGGGAAGUGGUGCACAGAAGUGCUGAAAACACUUCUGAAGACUCUCGCCACGUCUACACCUUCCACAUCAUGGAGGCCCUGGACACUCGCUGGAGCCCUGACAACUGGCUGCAACCCACAGAGGAGCUGCCUUUCCCAGCUCUCUACACUAAAUGACAACGUCUCUGGCAGCUUACAAAGAGGAACCGUUUUAUACAAGGAAGAUGUUCGACGACGUCUGCAGAAAGUUUCACGCCUCAAGUGUCUGUUGUUAAUGUGUAAAUCCGCUCAGUGGUUUUUCAACUUUUCUGGGUCACAACUCCUCAGGUUGGCAGGCUGCACCGUCAGAGCACCGAGCAUUAUGUUGAGAAAGCCACUGCAGUAAUAUGUAGUCCAUAAAUAAUGGUUAAACACUAUAAUGAAAGCAUACCUAUUUUUUUAAAUGUGACCAACAAUUGCUGAAAUAAAUAUUUUUAGCAUUUUAAUAACUGUCCCAUGGAUUAUCUUUGGUGAUAAAUUUUUUUUUAAAAUUAUUUUUAGUGAGCUACUUUAAAUUUAUAUUGUCAGCAAUCUUAAUUUUGUAAACCAUUGCUCUGUACCUCGCAAAAGUGUUAACAUUUCCUGGAAAUUAUAAACACCAAUAACGUAAUUUAUUGGGAUUUUAUUCAACAAAUCCUACACUUAGUAAUGGAUAAUUGGAAGCGCUCACCUUACCUUAACCUGUCUGUUUACAGUUUA